AUGGCAACGCAUAUCAGCGUCAGCAAUGAACAAGUGUCACAGCCAGCAGCACUUGCAUUCCAGUGCUGCCGAUGCAAUCAGCGUGUUAUUUGUUGUCCCGGGUGCGGGGAGGCAAAUUUUAUCCUUGUUGACGGCGUAUCAUCUCCUACAUGUUUUACAACUAACGCUGCUCGUGGUAGGGGUUCUACAGGUGUCAUUAUUAAUGGAAGAGGUGGCGUGACUUGGACGCGCCGCCCGCCUGCAAAGGGCAAUGGGGCAUCCACCCCGGCUUUGCCCCACGCGGUGCCAACGGCCUUUGAGUUAUUUUGCCGCGACGCGGAGGUUCAGCGAGAAGUUGGUAUGGACGACAACAGAAUUGUGGAGGUUGUGGGAGGAGAGUUGGAGGACGAAAGUCUUUACGACAGAAGGCGCCUCCACGCCGAGUGUUGGCUUGCCGCUGACGCUGAAACACGGAAGCGCUACGAACUCGCUGCGUCUGCGUUGGCUGCAGCUAUUACCUCAAAGGUGCAUCGUGUGGCGGGCGGGGAUGCACCAAGGAAUGUCAAGAAGGGAAAGAGAAGGUCGGCUGCAUUAGAGUCUCCUGUUGUAGCGACUCUUUUGCCGUGCUGCGGGGACGUCACAGACACUUCUUCUUCCGUAACGACGGCAAAUGUGUCGAAUGACGAUGGAAAGAUGUUGGGAGCGUACAGAAGCCCAAUGACGGCGUUUCGUCUCUUUUGCAAACGCGAGCAACAGAAUUACAAGAACAAAGGUGCGCUAAUGAAGGCAUGGAGGUCGAUGAGUCUAGCAGAUAAGAAGCCUUAUGAUGACGAGGCAGCUGCCAUCCGUGUGGCAACACGAGGAAAAAGAUCAACUCGUGUCUGCAAAAAUUGA